GGGUUGGGGCCCUCCCUUUCUCUUUCAGAGUUUCAGUCACCAACUCCCUUUAUAAAUCUCCGCCAUUCCUCCCCUCUUUCCUCAUUCUCCAUCUCCUCCGCUUUCAGCCCAUCUCAGCGAUCGACUCUUGAGAUACAGAGACCAUAACAGGCAAAUAUCAAUAGUAAUGGACUUGUCCAGCAUGAGAAGACCUGCUUUCUUCGACGACGACGAUGGUUUGGCUUCGAUUCUCGAUAUGGAAGCUGGGUUCUCAGGAAGUCACCCUCCCUCGAUGAAAUCUUCGCGCUAUGGUGGGUUCAAGAGGAGGGGAAGUUACAGGGCUCUUUCUUCUUAUUCGUGUUCUUCGCCGAGGUUUUAUGAUGCCAGAUGCGAAGAGCACCAUUUCCUCGAAGCUUGUUUUCUAUGCAAGAAACCUCUCGGAGAUAACAAAGAUAUCUUCAUGUACAGGGGUGAUACACCAUUCUGUAGCGAAGAGUGCAGACAAGAACAGAUAGAAAUAGAUGAAGCAAAAGAGAAGAACUGGAAUCUCUCUUCCUCCAUGAAGGCUCUUAGAAAAGAUCAGAAGAAAUCCUCAACCAACAAGGCCCAGAGUUACCCUGUACGGACCGGCACCGUCGCUGCUGCUUAGAAUCCUAGACUGUUAGACACCUCUCAAAAAAAAAAAAGAUAAAAGAUAAAAACACGGCUUCUCUAUCUGAGAAAGGGGAAGGGGUCGGUCGAGAGAGAAAAAGAAGACCCCAUUUUUCGAGAUUUUUUUUUCUUUUUCUGGUAUAUAGUUGUGAAUGCUUAUAAGAGGACUGUGUUGGGUUGUACUGUGCAAGAUGUAAUGGCCCUUUUUUUUUAAAUCUCUUGGGCGAAACCUUCAAUAGAAUGAGAAUCAAUGGAAGUUCCUCUGUAAUUCCUGUUUGCUUUU